UGCUUCUGUCAGGGUCAGUCUGCUCUGCUGAACUCUUUCCUUUCAGUUUCUGCUGAAUGAAGCGUGUUCAGCACCACAUGGGUGGAAUAACAUGUAGAAGUUCUUCCGGAGAUUAAAAUAUCAGUUUAUUCCUGAAAGUUCUCCGUGAUCAGCGUCCACCUGACACACCUUAGGAGCUCCAGCCGAUGGGACAAUGCAGCAGUCAGAUGACAGCGGUGCUCCCUCCUUUAACCCUCUAGUGGUGCUGGAGUUGAUCUCUGACACCAAGGAGGAGGCCAUCGCCUGGCUGCUGAGCAGGAUCAGAACCCCACAGCAGGCUGGAGGUGCUGGGUUAUUGAUGGAGCAGCUGGGCCCUGGAGUCAGUGCUGAGCAUAAGGACAACCCCAACCUGUUUCUGGUGGGGGCAUCCUGGGAGAGGCUGCUGUCUGGAGCUGAGGAUGUGGGCCUCUUCAAGGAGUACAGUGACGGCUCCAUGAGAGGCUUCACCUGCACCAACAAGCACAACUUUAAAGACUUUCAAGGGGAUGGAGACGGCUUCCUGAGCAUGGCUGAGUGUCAGUACAUCAUCAAACAUGAGCUGGAGACACUGAGAGCCAAAGAUGAGACUCACGUACCCGGAUACAGCAACGCCAAGCUUUAUCCAGGAAAAUCUAUCAUACGCAGAUUGCUGUCCAAAGGAAUCCUGAUCCAGAUGUUUCCACUACAUCAUAAAGAAGAACUGAAGAGACUCUCCUUUUCUUGGUAUAAAAAAUUCAAGCUGUCCCUUCAGCCUCUAGAUGAAAUCAGACACUACUACGGUGAGGGCCAGGCGCUGUACUUUGGCUUCCUGGAGUACUUCACCUUUGCCCUGGUGCCUAUGGCUCUGUUUGGAGUGCCUUACUACAUGUUUGACUGGGAGGAUUAUGAUAAAUAUGUAGCCUUUGCUGUUUUCAACGUGGUCUGGUGCACAAUUAUUCUGGAGCUGUGGAAGAGAUCCAGCGCCACCCUGGCCUACCACUGGGGCACGCUAAGCAGGAAGAAGGCCUUCGAAGAACCUCGGCCUGGGUUCCACGGCGUCCUCGGGUACAACCCCGUGACAGAUAGGGAGGAGCCUCUGUACCCCAACGCCAAGCGCCAGCUGAGGAUCUACCUGGUGUCGCUGCCCUUCGUCCUGCUCUGCCUCUACCUGUCUCUGUACGUCAUGAUGAUCUACUUCCAGAUGGAAGGCUGGGCGCUGUCCGUCCAUGACCAGGACCCUUCGUUCUGGACAGGAGUGCUCCUUUACAUCCCAAGUAUUAUCUACGCCGUGGUGAUAGAGGCUAUGAACCUUGUUUAUAGAUACGCUGCUGAGUUCCUCACAGAAUGGGAAAAUCACCGCCUGGAGUCUUCAUAUCAGAACCACUUGGUCCUUAAAGUUCUUGUUUUUAACUUCUUCAACUGUUUCGCCUCGCUGUUCUACAUCGCGUUUGUAAUGCAGGACAUGGUGCUGCUCAGUCAGAGUCUGGCCACCUUACUGAUCACCAGUCAGAUCUUGAAUCAGUUCAUGGAGGCCUUCUUGCCUUACUGGCUGCAGAGGAGACGCAACAAGAAGAUGAUUCGCAAAGUUCAGAAGAAAAGAACUCCCGGGGACAAAGAGCUCCCUCUGGCGGAGCAGGUCCGUCUGGAGGCCGAUAUGAGCACGUACUUGGGAACGUUUGACGACUACCUGGAGCUCUUUCUGCUCUUCGGCUACGUCAGCCUGUUCUCCUGCGUCUACCCGCUGGCUGCUGUCCUGGUGGUGUUGAACAACGUCACAGAGGUUUACUCCGACGCCUUCAAGAUGUGUCAUGUGUUCAAAAGACCCUUUGCUGACCCGGCUGCAAACAUCGGAGUCUGGCAGCUCGCCUUUGAGACCAUGAGUGUGAUUGCUGUUGUGACCAACUGUGCGCUCAUUGGCAUGUCUCCACAAGUCAAAGCAUACUUCCCCGAGUCUGAGACCCAGCUCAUCCUGUGGACGGUGGCCAUCGAGCAUGGACUGCUGGCUUUCAAGUUCAUCCUGACGUUCCUUAUCCCAGAUGUUCCCAAACACAUCCAGAUCAAACUGGCCCGGCUUGAGUUCGAGUCACUGGAGGCUCUGAAGAAGAAGAGGCAGAUAAAUGCAGGAAAAUGCUGGAAGGCACGGAGUUCAGGAAGAGCGUCCAGUGAGGAGAGGAGGACCUGCAGACUCUGACGACCCACACUCCCUUUUUGUUUGCUUUAAAAAUCCCAUCGUUGUUAUUUUUUACAGUUUAUUGUUUUUAUGCAUAGUGAAAAUAUGGUUUACUAUUAGUGGAGCAGACAUGUGUGAAAGGUUUAUUAUGGUGAACGGUCUGAGCACUGAAACGGGUUCUGGGUUUGGGGUGAUGGACGACUAGAGACAUGUUGGGAUGAAUGAGCUGCUGUUCAAUUUUUCUGCAGCUAUGAUGCACUGUAAAACAUAUUUAGUUAUUCCAAAGAGUGUUGAUGAAAAUAACUGCUUUGGUGUUCUCAUGUUCAGCCACUGAAGUCACUUUGGGUUCAGUCAGUAUUUUGGUUCAGAACAGCACAAACUAGCAUGUUCUAAUUAUAAAUGUGUUAAAGGCUGCAAGGUGUGUGGUCACCUGAUUGGCUGA